AAACCAAAGUCUACCUGCCCACAUACAGACUCCUCCUACAGACUAUCCUCCCUUAACUUCACCUGCCUCUCCGACUCCAUAUGACCUUCAGACCCACCUACCUGCAUCUGGUGCUCAGGCAGCUUCUGUUUCAGCCCGGCAGGCAUUUGCUUUCUUUCCAGCAGUUUCACUGAAACACCAAGGACUGAGGAUAUAUAUUUUUUUUCUUUCCAACUCAUCAAUGUGUGGAUUCUCUUCCAGUGGUUCACAUCUGGCUUUCUAGAGGGGAAAAAAGGAGCUAUUGAAAGCAGCCCGGUGCUCUUGUCCAGCAUACGUGUUUUACACCUACGAUUUCCGCACAGGGGCUGCUAUGUGGUACCCUCCAGGGCUUCUCUUGUUGUUGCAAGCUCUGGCCCCUAGUCUCGCCGGCUCCCUCUGGAGGCAAUCUAAGGACCAGCGGGAUCAAGUGUUCCUGGAUGAGUCUACUGCGCACAAAUUCCUGGGCCGUAAACUCCUUUAUAACCACUGGGAUUUUGAGCUGAUUGUCCCAGAUAACCUGGAACGUGAGUGCAUAGAGGAAGUCUGCAACUAUGAGGAGGCCCAUGAAGUCUUUGAGGAUGACUUCAAAACAAAUGAAUUCUGGGAGACCUACCCACACAAUGGAAGAGGAGGAGCAAGAUCUCCUGGUGUGGAUGUGGCUGGCUUGGUAGCAGGUCUCAUUGCAGCGUUGGUAGCUACAGUCAUGUUUGUGAUUGUGGCUCUGUACUGUCUUAAAUACCGAGCUAAGGAGAGAAGCCGAUCCAGCACGACUCAGGAAAACCAUGAGACGCCCCUAGCCUGUUUCAGUGAGAUGCCCAAGCCGGAAACCGCACCUGGACUUCCAUCUUACGAGCAAGCAUUGGCAUCUUCAGGCGUGCAUGAUGCACCACCCCCACCUUACAACAGGAAUAGUACUAACACAGCUCCACCAACCUGAGUUGCCAACAGCCGAAUCAACAUCCCUGGAAGAGAUGCAACCCUCCUCAAUGAAGCACAUAGAAGACAUUAUAUUUGCACAUGGAACACAGUUUGGGGGGAAUGGUACAUAUGUGAACAUGUGACAAUGUGAGUGAUUGAGCAUGUUUGUUGGGAAGGCAUGGAAGGUCUGACGAAAAUUAUCUGAUCUGAGUUUGUACAAUAGGGAAACUCUAAAUGUGUCUGAGUGUGGGAAGGGCUUGUGUGCAAGAGAGAAAAUGAUGUCUGGCAAAGUUAUGCAUAUGCAAUAUUAAGCAAGAUGUUCGACAUAUGAAAACCUGAAAUUGCAUAUUUAUUAAAUUUGCAAGAAAACAAAGUGCCAGAUUUACAGCUACAAAUCCAAAAUGUGCAUGGAUUUCUAACCAGACAACAUCAUUUUCCUCUUCCUAUUGCUUUCCUUGCAACUAAGACUGGUUACAUCUGUGUUUUCUGUAAUGUCUUGAGCAUGCAAGAACUGGACCAAGUGUGGGUAGGAAGUGUAUAGGAUAGACAUCCUUGUUUAUGCCUAAUAAAAUAACUAUCCAGGAUUCCAGAGUCUGAACUGAGAAUCUCACGGCCUAAGAUAAGGAUCUAGUCAAGUGAACUAUUAUGGACUGUGUGUGCUCCAAGAUCAUCAGGCAUGGAAGGAACCAAGACAUGUAAUUUAACUGCCAUCUGCAAGGCCAAAGAGAAGAGGGCAGCAGCCAGGUACCCCCUCCAUCAUGCCUGGCUUCAUUUCCAGGGGAGAGCAUCCUCCUACCAGCUACAAAUUGCUAUGAGUGAGGCCAUUGGAAGAAAAAGCUACAGCCAGGCAUUCCUUCGUCAUGCCAGGACCAAUACCUCACAAAAACUUACAUUGGAAUUGAUAUCCAAAAGUAGCUUACAGUAAUUAAAAACUAACACUAAUUGCUAGUAAGCAUUUUAGGGGGUUAAAUACAGGGGUAAAAAUACAGUAAAAUAAAUAUCAGUCCCUGGAAUUGUCAGACAAUAUGAAGCCUUUGUAUUUUCUGGGCUGAGGAUACAUUCUGGUAGCUUAGCCUCGAGUUCCCUCCUGCAUGUUCAGCUCAGCAGAACCUUCUGCCUGUGUCACAUCAGCUACAACCAAGAAUCUCAAGGCUCCUCAGCUACAGAAAACAUCCUUCCAGCAGAUAUGUCAUAGAGAUCUGCAUGGUGUGGAGUGAAUAUGAAAUGGUACAUAUGUUCUAUCUGUCCAGCUUUUGUAUCCAUGUGAUGUGAAGAAUUUUUGUUUGGCUUUGAACACAAUAGAGCCAACAGGACUUUGUAGCGCUAGGGGUGAGGGCAAUGGAGGACACAGCAGAGGGGGGCCAUCAUGCAGGUGGACAAGAUCACCCCUAGCAAGGAAGAACCUUAACAACUUGAAUCAUCCGUGAACGUUUAUUAUGAUUUUUGUGUGUGCCCAUGUAAAUAA